UUUAAUCUCUCAUCUCUCUCGCUCUCAAUUGCCUCUCUCUCAACUCUCAUCCCUCUCAAUCUCUCUCGCUCUCAACUGCCUCUCUCUCAACUCUCAUCCCUCUCAAUCUCAAUCUCUCUCAAUCUCUCUGCAAAUGGUUCUCUCUCCUUCAACCGCUGCUGCUCUUCUUCAAUUGCUGAUUUUGGUGCUCGAUUUGUGCUGCCCAUUUGUGCUCGGUUCUCAAAGGAGGGCUCGUUAUGCUAGAAAGAAGAAAGCCCCUUCUCGUUUCAGUUUCGCUUCGGAUGAACCCAAAGGGGGGCUCUUUGGUUGGGUGAUGAUAGUCGUCAUGAUUUCAAUGACGAUAUAUAUCAUGGCAAGAAAACGGAAAGCAACGGACAAGGACACCGACAAAGGCAAGGGAAAGAGUGUCGGUAGUAGUACAAACAAAAGGCGCGCGAAGGGAAAAGGCAAGGGGAAGGAAAAGACGGUGUUGCGUGACGAGCCAAUGGAUUCGGAUACCGAAUCGGACCAAAACCCAAGGGAGGCGGAGGCGGAAGAGGAACCGGUGAGAAGAGUAGUGAGGAUGCCGCGGUCACAUUCAUGCGGCAUUUUUGGAGCUAAGAUACCAACAAGACCUCGACAGAUCAAUAUCUCCGAUGGACAUAUUGAAGAUAAUGAGGCAAAAAAGACUUUGCUUGCGAUUAUUCGGGCAAGAUGGCCUUUGGGUAAAUACACGUUUAGUGACAUAGACGCGGCUUACCCAAAGUGGCUCGGUCUAAGGGUUGAGGAGUUUCUAUAUGUUCUAGGUCUGUCUGCUAGAGCAGAACUUCCACCAGGACCAAACGGCCUUCCGUUUCUGGGUAAUCUCUUGCAAAUAGGUCCAAAGCCACACAGAUCAUUAGCCAAGCUGGCUGAACAGUAUGGCCCUCUCUUCGCGAUUCGACUAGGUAGAGUCACAAAUGUUGUGGUGUCUUCAGCUGAAAUGGCUGAAGAGGUUUUUCGAAAAUAUGAUGCUGAAUUCUCUGGAAGGGCCGUUCCAGAUGCUGUAGCUGGAGGACUUCAGAACCAUGAUCUUGCCUUGCCUUGGAUAUCUAUCGGAGAUCAAUGGAGAACCAUCCGAAGAGCGUUGAGCGUCUACUUGACAAACCCUAAAAAACUAGACAUGUUGCAAGGGCUUAGGCUAAAAGUUGUGAAACAAAUGGUGGAACAUGUCAAGGAGAUUAGUGAACGUGGACAAGUUGUGAAUAUUGGAAGAUUAGCCUUUGCGACCGCAUUGAAUCAGAUGUCGAACACUUGUUUCUCAACAGAUGUGGCUCAUUUUAACUCUGAUGAAGAUGGGAGUGAGUUUCAAAAUGCAGUUAAGACUAUCAUGAAGGUUGAUGGGAAGAUGAAUUUCGCGGACUAUUUUCCUUGGCUAAAAAUAUUUGAUCCGCAAGGCAUAAGACGAGAUGCCAAGGCUGCGUAUAGCUGGCUUGAUCAACUCUGUGAAAAGUUCAUUAUUGAGCGGCUAAAACACAGAGAAUCUAACUUCUCACCGCAUGGGGAUCUCUUGGAUUCUUUUCUUGAUUUUCGACAAGAGAAUCUGGUGUAUUUCGAUCUCAAACACAUCAAGGUCCUCUUAAUGGAUCUGUUUAUUGCUGGAACUGAUACAAACUCAAGUACAAUCGAAUGGGCGAUGACAGAGCUAAUACAGAAUCCAAGUAUCAUGCAAAAGCUCCGCGAAGAACUGACCCAUAGAAUUGCAGAAAAAGGAAGCCUGGAAGAAGCCGAAAUCCUGGAAAUACCAUACCUCCAAUCUGUUCUGAAAGAAACAAUGAGGCUUCACCUAGUAUCACCGUUUCUUCUGCCUCACAAAACCGUGACCAACGUAAAAUUCAAGGGCUACACAAUUCCGAAGAAUACUCCAAUCAUAAUCAAUGCCUGGGCCAUUGCCCGAGACUCCAAUUCCUGGGAAAAUCCGACUGAUUUCACCCCGGAGAGGUUCCUGAGCUCUGAAAUCGACUAUAAAGGCCGAUAUUUCAGUUUCUUGCCGUUCGGUUCGGGGCGUAGAAUCUGCCCCGGGAUCCGCCUGGCUGAGAGGGUAAUGAGCCUGAUGUUGCUGUCACUGGUUGCACAAUUUGAUUGGAAUCUUCCAAAUAACAUGUCCCUGAAGGAUUUGGACAUGGAUGAUACUUUUGGAGUUACCUCGCAAAAGGCUACCCCGCUGCUUCUUAUUCCAACUACUAGAAAUGACCAGCAACCACUAAAAAAACAGGACAAAACCGACUGGUAAAAAUGAUCGGUUAUGUCCAAAAAUGGUGUUAACCACAUAGUCAUGGUUUCUUCUGGUAUUGUAUGUGCUUGUCUACAAAGUAGCUACUGUAUUGUGCAUGUUGUGUAAGCUAUGGCCUAUAUAUGAAGUUAGAACUCCAUAAAAAAUAUUUGAUAUUCUAAAUUUUACUAAUUAAUUAGAGAUCCGAAUUUCAUA